AUGGUAGCUACUUGGAAUGACGACGCAAGAUUGAUGUUAAUUGAUGAAAUGCAUAAAAGAUCCGAAAUGUGGGAUUCGCGACGGGAGCGUCACGCAUCAAUUGAUCGUAAGAGGGAAGUGUUUUGCGAGAUAGCUGCGACGAUCAAUGCAUCUGGAGCGUGUGCAACGCAAGUGUUCACAGAAGAUGAUGUGCGCACACAGUGGAAAAAUUUAAAGGAUACGUUUAAAAGAAAGUCAAAAAAACGUCAAGCUGAUGUGAACGCUGGAAUUGAAGAUACACAGCCAACAUGGCGAUUUUGGUCAAAAAUGUCAUUCAUUAAAAGUGAAUACAAUCAUGACGUAUCGAAUGCCUCUCCAAUAAAUGUAUCUGUGAAAACGGAAAAUUCAUUUCUCGAAAUGUAUCGAAUUCAUUUAUUUAUUAUCAUUUUGCCACUUGCAAAUGGAACGAGUGAUGAUUUGGGUAAUGUGCCUCAUUCAGUGACCCGAAACGACUUCAUGUGCGAGGCCGCUGAAAUCACUUCGAAUUCAUCGAUUCACUCACCUCAGCAAACUGAUGGCUUAGCUUCACAUUCACCAGUACAUCCAUCGGCAACGGCUGUAACCCGCGUCAAACGAAGAGCAUUCAAGAGGAAAUCGGUUAAUGUUGAUGGAAUUUCGGAUAUGUGUGCUGCACAAUCGAUUUCAGAUUUCAAGGAUGAAUACACUUGGUUCGGUACGGUUUUCGCAUAA